CCCGCCGUGGACGCGGAAUUUUUAAAGCAGCUGCUGGAACUUCGCAAGCUGUUCUUCCCCAAGCUGGUGAGCGCCGAGCUGGGCUUGCUCUGCCUCCACUCGGUCGCUCUGGUUUCCAGGACCUUCCUCUCCAUCUAUGUGGCCGCCCUCGAUGGGAAGAUUGUGAAAAGCAUCGUGGAAAAACAACCCAGGAGCUUUGUCUUCAAGUUAAUCAAAUGGCUGAUGAUUGCGAUCCCGGCCACUUUCGUGAACAGCACCAUACGGUACCUGGAGUGCAAGCUGGCCCUUGCCUUCCGCACGCGCCUGGUGGAUCAUGCCUACGAGACCUACUUUGCCAACCAGACUUACUACCGAGUGAUAAGCAUGGAUGGGCGGCUGGCCAACCCUGACCAGUCCCUCACUGAGGACAUCAUGAUGUUCUCACAGUCCGUGGCACAUCUCUACUCCAACCUCACCAAGCCCAUCCUGGAUGUCGUGCUCACCUCCUACACCCUCAUCCGCACGGCGCGGUCCCGAGGGGCUAACCCCAUCGGGCCCACGGUCCUGGCUGGGCUCGUCGUCUACGCCACGGCCCGCGUGCUCAAAGCCUGCUCGCCCAAGUUUGGCAAGCUGGUGGCUGAGGAGGCUCACAAGAAGGGCUAUCUGCGCUUCAUGCAUUCACGCAUCAUCGCCAAUGUGGAAGAGAUUGCCUUUUACCGAGGGCACAAGGUAGAAAUGAAGCAACUUCAGAAAAGCUACAAGGCUUUGACAGAUCAAAUGAAUCUCAUUUUGUCCAAACGUUUAUGGUACAUCAUGAUAGAGCAGUUCCUGAUGAAGUAUGUCUGGAGUAGCUGUGGUAUGGUUAUGGUCGCUGUGCCCAUCAUCACCGCAACAGGAUUUGCUGAUGGUGAGUUGGAAGAUGGCCAGAAACAGGCCAUGGUUAGUGAAAGAACAGAAGCUUUUACCACAUCACGAAACUUGCUGAUCUCUGGAGCAGAUGCUAUUGAAAGGAUUAUGUCUUCAUACAAAGAGGUUACUGAGCUAGCAGGCUACACUGCCCGUGUCUACAACAUGUUUUCAGUAUUUGAUGAGGUGAAGAGAGGCAUCUACAAAAGAACUGCUGUUAUUCAAGGGUCUAAAAACAGCAAGAAUGAAGAUAAAGCAGAAUUACACAUCGAUGGGCCCUUAGAAAUCAAAGGGAAAGUUAUUGAUGUUGAUAAUGGAAUUAUUUGUGAAAAUGUACCUAUUAUUACUCCGAAUGGCGAUGUGGUGGUUUCCAGACUAAACUUCAAAGUCCAGGAGGGGAUGAAUCUUCUUAUCACUGGACCCAAUGGCUGUGGAAAGAGUUCGCUCUUCAGAAUUUUGAGUGGUUUGUGGCCUGUGUAUGAAGGAGUUCUCUACAAACCACCUCCACAGCACAUGUUUUAUAUACCACAGAGACCCUACAUGUCCAUUGGAACACUACGUGAUCAAGUCAUCUAUCCAGACUCAGUAGAUGACAUGCACGAGAAAGGCUACCAAGAUCAAGAUCUGGAGUGUAUCCUGCAAAUGGUUCAUCUGUACCACAUAGUGCAAAGAGAAGGAGGCUGGGAUGCCAUAAUGGAUUGGAAAGAUGUCUUAUCAGGAGGAGAAAAACAAAGGAUGGGCAUGGCUCGGAUGUUCUACCAUAAGCCGAAAUAUGCAUUGCUGGAUGAGUGCACGAGUGCUGUAAGCAUAGAUGUUGAAGGAAAGAUAUUCCAAGCUGCAAAAGCUGCUGGGAUAUCCCUGCUUUCUAUAACACACAGACCUUCUCUUUGGUAA